AUGGAUGGUGGAACGGCGGCCAAGUCGCUGAGAACUUGCACCAUGGAGAUCAGGAGGACGAUGGAUGGUGGAACGGCAGCCAGGUCCCUGAGAACUCAGGCCAUGGAGAUCAUGAGGCCAGCUUACGAAUAUGCAUGGGACUAUGGAUGGUGGAAUCACUCGCAGCAUGGAGAUCAGAAGGACCUUGGAUCAUGGAAGGACAACCAAGUCACCCAGAAGCCUCACAAUGGAGAUCAGGCUGCCGGCCAAAAGCUGUGGGAAGCCUGGAACAUUCCGCAGGAGGAUGGCAUGCAAGCCGAUGGAUCGGCGGAGGAGUGA